UUAAAUAUCCGACCAUUCAUUUCAUGGGCCCUGACAUUCAACGGCGCCGAUUGUCCGGGAGUCCAGAUCCAGGGACCCCCUACCUAUUAUAUGCCCUUCGCUACAAACGACAAACGCUCCACCGCCUGCUCAAAAAGCACCGCCAGUCCCAAAUUUGCAGUCAGUCAGUUCCGUCCGUCCGUCCGGCGACGAAGAGGAAGCAAUGCAGAGGAAUUUCAGGCCAGAACUCAACUGAAUUCGAUCUGCUGAUGCUGCAUUUCAUCAAUGGCGAAUAUGCACAACGCGGCCAACCGAUUCUGUUCUUCGUCGUCUUCUUCGCCUCAACGAGAGCCAGACGAGAUUUCUCUGUUCCUCCAGCAAAUACUCCUCCGCUCUUCCUCGUCGUCUUCUACAUUUUUCACCCCGCCGGAGACGCAGUCCUCUACGCCGGAGAUUCGAGAAUCUGUGACGGUUCCUGUACCGGUUCCGGACCGGAUCUCCGCGCCGGAGCCGUCGUCCAGGUUUAAACCGUCCUCGUAUGAUUGUAGUCUCGUUGCGAGAGAAGCUGCGGUCGUCUCGUCGUCUUCGUUUAGGAAUUUAGAGAAUGAGCUGGAUGAGUAUGACUAUGAAAGUGAGGAAGUUGUUGAAGCGGUUGUGGAGGAGACAAUCCCUAAGCCAGCAAUGCAGCGGAGUUCAUCUAAGAGGAGUAGAGCAGCUGAAGUGCAUAAUCUGUCUGAGAAGAGGAGGAGGAGCAGGAUCAAUGAGAAAAUGAAGGCGCUGCAGAAUCUAAUCCCCAAUUCAAACAAGACUGACAAGGCUUCGAUGCUUGACGAAGCCAUUGAGUACCUCAAACAGCUGCAACUUCAAGUGCAGAUGUUGACUAUGAGAAAUGGAUUGAGCCUUUAUCCCAUCUGCCUCCCGGGGAUAAUGCAGCCAACCCAAAUCUGUCAGAUGGCAAUGGACAUUUCAGAUGGUGAAAAAGCUUUCAAUUUGAACAUGACCAAAGCCAUUGCAACGGAUCGAACAAUUUCAGAAGAUGCCAUACUCAGCUUGCAAGAUGACCGCGUAAAGCAGACGCCGGUGCCUAAUUUCUCAACUAUGAUGGGAAUUAAAUCCACAUUGAACUUAGAAUCAUCUCUGCAGGAUCAUCCCGGGCCCUUCCCAUUCUGCGUGCCCCCUGAGGAGAAGUUGCUUCCCCACCAACCACCCGACCAUAGCCACUCUCAGUCGACAGGUAAAUCGACACCUUUCACCCCAUUCGGAACCCGGCCAUUAAUCCCAAAAGAGACUAAUUUACCUCCAUCAGAAAAGCUCGAUGUUUUUACCACAGAUGAAUGUGAGUAAUUUCUUAAAAAACAUCGAUCUGUUUGUGCGCUGUGACGACGAAUUCUGCCAUAGUAUAUUAAAAUUUUACUGUCUGUGUCUAUAUUUACAUACGCAAACAUCGCACGCCAAGGCUAAUUUCUCAAUCACCUUGUUUCAAGAAUCGCUGACUUGU